UCGCGGGGCAUCUUGGGAUUGCUCUCUCCCUCGCGUUCCUUCCAUCCUGCCGGUCUGAAGCGCCGCUGCUCGGUCUCUCGGUCGGAAAAUGGCCGGUUUCCGCACUUUAGGCUUGGAUCCCUGGCUGGUGUCUCAGGCGGAGCAGCUGGGCUUGUCGAGGCCCACCCCGGUGCAGGAAGCCUGCAUCCCUCCGGCGCUGCAAGGUCGUGACUGCAUGGGCUGUGCCAAAACAGGAAGUGGCAAGACAGCUGCCUUUGUGCUCCCCAUCUUGCAGAAACUUUCUGAAGAUCCUUUUGGCAUCUUCUCCUUGGUGUUGACACCAACAAGAGAGCUGGCCUAUCAGAUUGCCGAGCAGUUCCGGGUCCUUGGGAAGCCUCUGGGUUUAAAGGACUGCAUCAUUGUCGGGGGAAUGGAUAUGGUCUCUCAAGCCCUGGAGCUGUCUCGGAAGCCCCAUGUGGUCAUUGCUACUCCUGGCCGCCUGGCUGAUCACCUACGGAGUUCCAAUACCUUCAGUCUUCGGAACAUCAAGUUCUUGGUCCUAGACGAAGCUGACCGGUUGCUGGAACAAGGCUGCACCGACUUUACCAAAGACUUGGAAGUCAUCCUGGCUGCAGUUCCAGCUGACAGGCAGACGAUGCUCUUCAGUGCCACCCUGACAGAUACCCUGAAUGAGCUCAAGAAGAUCGCCAUGAACAAGCCGUUCUUCUGGGAAUCGACAUCUGAAGUACGGACAGUGGAACAGCUUGACCAGCGUUACCUACUGGUGCCCGAGAAGGUCAAAGACGCUUACUUGGUCCACCUUGUGCAAACUUUCCAAGAUGAACAUGAGGACUGGUCCAUCAUCAUCUUCACCAACACUUGCAAGACCUGCCAAAUUCUGAACAUGAUGCUCAGGAAGUUCAAUUUCCCAUCCGUGGCUCUCCACUCAAUGAUGAAACAGAAACAACGUUUUGCAGCGCUGGCGAAAUUCAAAUCAAGCGUCUUUAAGAUCUUAAUAGCUACUGAUGUAGCUGCCAGGGGGCUCGACAUUCCAACCGUCCAAGUAGUCAUCAAUCACAACACACCCGGACUCCCCAAAAUCUACAUCCACAGGGUGGGUCGAACAGCCCGAGCUGGUCGGCACGGAAUUGCCAUCACGCUGGUGACCCAGUACGAUAUCCAUCUUGUCCAUGCGAUUGAAGAACAGAUCAAAAUGAAGCUUCAGGAGUUUUCCGUGGAGGAGCAAAAUGUGCUGAAAAUUCUCACCCAAGUGAACGUGGUCCGACGGGAAUGUGAGAUUAGACUGGAGGCAACAGAUUUUGAUGAGAAGAAGGAAAUAAAUAAGCGGAAGCAGAUGAUCCUGGAAGGAAAGGACCCUGAUCUGGAGAUGCAACGUAAGGCCGAGCUGGCCAAGAUUAAGAAGAAGAAGCUGGAGUUCCAGAGCCGAGUCCAGCAGACCCUGCAGGAGAGGCAGCAGAAGCAGCUCCAGCACAGGUUGAAAAAACGGGUGCGGAGGCAGAAGCAGGCGGCUCCGGCGAAGUGAGGCCGCUCAACGUGUCCAACCUUGGUGGCAAAGGACCCUUGUGGGGAACGAUCUGCAGCUGAGCUACCUCCGUCCCGAAUUCACCUGGCAGAAAAGGCAGGACGCUUUUUGCAACUUUGGCCUUUGGGUGAACGGACCUGAAGCAUUCAGGAGGAAAAGGCUUAGGAAAAAAAAAAUGACUAGCAAAGGCAGAUUUGAAAAGCUGCUUGGCUGUCCAGAGACCAAGGCGUGUGUCUUCGGGGCUGUCUUCUUUUUUUUUUUUAA